AUGAUAGCGGGGAUGAGGGCAGUCAUUGCGUAUGAGGGUGAUGAGAAUGCAUUCGGUAUGAGGACAAGGAGGCGGGCUUGCGGAGGAGGAAACUUGGAGAUGGCGGAGGAGCUGAUGGAACUUCUGCUCGACAUCAUGGCGGGGGGCGAGAAGGGAGAGGCGGGAGGAGAGGACGAGGAGGGGGACGUGAGUGAUACUGCGAACAUGGCUGAUAGAUCUGCGGGAGGCGAUGAGAUAUCAUGCCAUGCUCAGGGAGAUAGACACGUCGAACAACAGGAUCGGGCGAGAGCAAAGGGCUCGGGGGAUCAUAAUCGUCGUGGGGACGAGCCCCGGCUGGCCGAGAUAUCUGCUUGGCUACGAGCACAUCCUCAUGUCGGCGUGAAUGGGAGGGAGAGAUCGUCCGGGAUAACGGCACUGUGCAUGGCUGCAGCAAACGGACGGAUGGACGUAACUAGCCUGCUCCUUGAGGAGAAGGCAGAUGUGAACUUGGAAAGCACAGACACCGGCAACAUGCCCAUUCACUUCGCGUGCAUGCGGGGGAGUCUCCACAUCGUCAAGACUCUUGUGGAGCAUCGGGCCGAUGCAACGGCCUCCAGUCAAUCGCACGUGGUUGACUGGCUGCUGACUCCCGAGUCAAAGUACGUCCUGUGCCCCGACAGGAAGAAGGUGGACGUGAACAAGCAGGGGACAACGCCCCUGAUUGCUGCAUCGGGGCAGAGCAACAUCAAGCUCCUUCAGACGAUCCUCGAUCAAGGCUCAUGCCGAGGCACGAUAUCGCACGCAAACAACAAUGGGAACACAGCGCUGCACGUCGCAGCUUUGCAAAGGAAUGGCAGGGGAUGUGAGCUGUUGAUAGAAGCGAGAGCGAGUCUGAUAGCGUUGAACAAGCGGGGUCAGAGCCCGAUGGACAUCGCAAGAGCUUCUAAUGAUGAAGCUCUCAUCCAACUUUUCGAGCAUCAUCUCCGAGUUUUGAAUGAUGAAGCUGUGAGGAUCGCAAACGCGCUCCUGGAAGAUGAGGAGCAGAAAGCGAGUGAGGGUAAGACGAAGAAGAAGAAGAAGAGGGCAAAGAACACGUGCAAGAAGAACACCGGGACUGGUGACGAGCCAAGUGAUAAAGUCAAGGAAGUGACUGGAGAUGAUACCAUUCCAAGGUCGAGCCAUGCCGUUGCCGAAGCCUCUGCAGAUGAUGAUGAUGACGAUUGGCGGGGGAAUAUGGACAGUGUUUCUGAACAAGCCACUGACAACAACACGGAGAUUGGGGUGGUGCGGGCGGAUCCCGAGGAAAGGAGGGAGGAUCACCCCGCAGAACGGGACAGUGAGAACAUGCAGCAGGGUGUCCAGAGGCGAGGGAGCCAGCGCGGGAAGGAGGAGAAGGCGAAGGAGGAGCGAUCGAGACAAGCAGGCAAGCAGGGGGAGAAGCGCGACGAGCGGCGGAGAAACAAUCAAAGGGAUGAAGGGAAACGUGAACAGCCAGGUAGGGCGAACGUGAAGCACAGAGGGGAGGACAAGGUGGGAGCCGAAAGGGGACCCGGGGCCUCGCGAAAGCCUCAUCCUGCCGGCAACUCCAAGAAGGCAGCAGGACAAGAAGCGCAGGAGGCUCUUGAGCGAGCGCUGCUGUCCGUAUACCCCCUCGCCAACGAUCUCGCCCUCCGUCCCCAUCAUGUCCUCGGCAUGGAGCUCUCCGAGUUGAGCGCGUCGCAGCUGGAGGCCCUGGAGGAGGUGCACAGAAACCUCAUGGCAAGGAUCGAGGAAGCGAGGUUGGAGCUUGUCCGCGCGCAGGAGCGGGAGCGAGUCCAGCAGGAGCUGGGAAGGAGACUAUUCUUGGAGCAGCACAGCGCAGGAAAGAAGUUCUGGUUCGAGUAG